AUGCCCGGAACUGGUCUAUCUGAGAGCAUGCCCACGACCCCCACUUCUCGCAGUAGACCAUACUCCGACUCAGCGGGUGACAUGUCAGGAUCUGAUGGAGAUACAUCUUUUCCUUUCGAUUCGAAGCCUCACCACGGAACAGCUUCAGAGAAGGAUGCUGCGCUUGAAAGCCCGAGUAUCGGCGAGCUACUGCGCCUCAAUAGCCACAGCAAGAGCCACGCACCACCACCACCACCAUCUCUGAAUUUCAUCGAAAACACCCAGUACAACCCGGCCUCAAGCAUAGCCAAUGGUCUAGCCGCGCACAUGAGUGUACGGCCACCAACAACGCCCACGGGGAAGGGGGGUGACUUGGAUCGUUCCGCUAUAGAUGCCAUCAGUGUGGGGUCUGCAUCUACACCUCUGUAUAUAUACAAGGUCAUCGCGGAGCCGGGCGAGUUUCACACGCUUGAGUUUGUGGAGGGUGACAAUCACGAGCCAAUUUGCUUCCGCUGGUACUCGUCAUGGCUCCAGCAGGAGUACGAAGUGGAUGUGGGGAUACACACAACAAAGAUCAACCAUGCCUGGAGGGACCAGUUCUGCCUCGCCGGUAUACAUGUCGUAUAUCAACUAUUUGUGCGUGCGCUAUGUGUGUAUGAAUAA